AUGAGCGGGUUCGUGCGAGCCGUCGGUGCUGCUGUUUUCUCUUUAUCCGUCUUUACAGCAUCCGCAGCUGGUCAUGACUCUCGCCACCUCAAGACGUCACUGUCCGACCUGCCGUCGUUGAAACUUCAUGUCACGCUCCAGCGGAAGUCCUUGGAGCUUCAUGGAGCCUCCGAAUUCAACGUCUUCGCCAACCCCGUCGUGUCGGAUGACGGUCUACGAGUGCGUUACGAUGGCUUUGCAACUUUCGUCGAGGGCCACUCACGGUUCACGUACUCGCUAGUGGACGGUGCUCCGUAUUUAAUGGCAAACGACAGCUCAUCGAAUGUCCCCAGCGUUGACUGUAUCCCUCCCAGUACUCUACCGUUCGACGCAAUUCUCCCUGCGUUAAACGACGCGACGCCUAUUCCGAGUGCGUCAAUAGGUGGCGUCCCUAUCGAGUGCGAGAGUGGGAAUUUGUUCAAAACUUCGUUCGCUGGGAUCCACUAUGCAAUCUGUUCAUCGGACGACUCUGGCUUCACUGCGAUAGCCAGUGAUGUGACUAUCGACGUGGAUUAUCUCGACGAACCCGUUGCUAUUCCAGACGUAAAGCUGGAAGACGGUUCGUCGUGCGAUGUCUUAGCAGAACCCGUCGAAGUGACCCCACUAGCGCUCGCAUUAUUAAGCGGAGACGAAUUACCCGUCAGCGAUCGAAGAAAACUCAAAGAGGAGUCGCACAUGGCUAUACAAUCUUCGACUUGUUCGUGUAAAUCGACUCCUCGUCCGUGUAUCUUUUACCACGGUCUCGGUAACGAGAAGGAUGAGCCGGGUGUGCAGGACUCUUCUCGUCAUUUCGGCUGGGAUAUCAUCAAGGACCACGCUCCCUGCUGUACCACCAUCAAAUAUGCUGCACUGAACACAGUCGACUUCGCCUGGACUGAUGCUUCACUGCAAGAAAAAGUAUGUGAUCGUGCGCUCUCCAUGUCAGCAAGCUCUGAUUCGGGCUCGAAAAAAAUUAAAGACACGAUCGUCGUGACCCACUCGAUGGGCGGACUUAUGUUCGCUGGCGCGCUCGUCAACAAGAAGUGUAGUCUCGACAAAAGCUCGACCUGGAUCGGUCUGAGUCCGCCUAUGACGGGUAGUAUGUCGUCCGAUUAUCUCAUGGACUUCUGCAACGGAGAGGUUCGUAACCUCAUGACGGACUUGUUGUUCGACGGAAGAUGUCCCGUACCUCGGUCCACAGCGUCUGUGGCCUAUGAGAACGAGAAAUACAGCAGCCAGGAGAAAGAUGACGCGUACGACGCGGCUCAAAAAGUGUACCGCAAGCACGUCUAUGCUGCAAUGUGCAGUAGUUCUUCGGUUGGAAAUAUCUCCAAGUACCAAGCCAAGUACAUGGUAGGAGGUCGAGUCAUCCCGCACAAGUCAUUAAAGAACGACGGACUCGUCGAGUUCCACAGUUGUGCGGGAGGGAUCUCGCCCUCUAAAUUCGGGAAAACGCCCUACGAUCGGUUCUAUAGAUGCGAGCUCAACCACGCAGACACGGCGUUCAAGACGGGAGAUGGCAUCUUCAAGACAACUGUACGCCCUGUGACGUGGUUCGAAUGUCUGCUGUAA